UUGUGGAUACUCACCUAGACAUGGUUUGGUAUGACUUCCUUGUGGAUAUAUCAACUGAAGACCACUUCCCUCCAAACCCAUACCCUCACUUCCUGUCUGUACUGCGACGGUCAGCCUUCAAGAUGGACCUGUUUUUUGAGCGGACCAAUGCCAUCACUGAGAGGAUGUGGUCUGCUGAGAACAUGAAACCUGAGGAUUGGAACACGUAUGUCUUCCACAUCCCCGGGGUCGACUGUCAUGGUUGUCCCACUGCCCUCAUUGUGUUGGACACUGGAGCCUAUGUUCCUCUGAGUGAGGCCGUUAAAGUGUUCCAGCAGACAAAGUUUACACAAACCAGGGGGCCCUACAGAGUGGCGAUCUGUAUGGCACUGUCUGGCUCAAGUAUUCUGUAUGGAAAGGUACAGCCGUACCUGAAUGAGAUAGAGCUACAUGAACACAUCUAUAUCCAAGGUCCGCAGGGACAUCAACGGGACGCAAUCAAUAUGUUUGUCUCCAUCGUAUAUUCGCAUGUGCUCAAGCUGAUUAAGGAGGGAAAGAUUCCUGUGUCAGGGAUCUACCUCGGAGAUGGACAGGUCCGCUGGUCAUGGGAAGAUCUACAGGACAACAAGGAAGAGUUUGAGGAGGAGUGCCGAUACGUCUGCUACAGCCAUGGGGCAGUUGUCCUGAAGGCUUUUGUUUUGAUUGACAAGUGGCGAUAUGUACCUGUCCGUAAGUUCUUCCUACUGCAUUAUCUCUCCGACGACUCGCCAGAAGGGGAACUUUUCUUUGUGAAUAGACCUUUGGAUUUUUACCAGAGCAUUUUUAUGGAAAAAGACAGAGCUGCCUUUCACUACCAAAAUGGUGGCACCAUGAAUGGAGGUGACCCAAUGAGUGGGGCAAACGUGCGCUCAGCCCAGCGGUCACUAGAGGCCAUCCUCAUUGAUGGUCAACGUCGAUGUGACUGGCUCAAUGUCCACAGAGGGCUGCUUCUCAGGAGCCUUCUCAGUGAGAAUCGGGGACACCUUGCAGAGACGUGGCGAAUGCUACACAGUCGAGCAGCAGAGAUUGAGUACCUUAUCUUUGUGAUCGACGCACUACAAGACCUCGUCCAACUCAUGAUGGAGUACAGAGAUUAUAACAAGAAGAAGUUGGGUGACAAACCUAAAAAGGGAAAGAAAAAAACAGCUGAGCUAAGGGCAGAAUUGGAGGGUCCAAUCAAAGAGGAAAUAUUUGGGAAGAUGGUGAUGGGCUUCCAUGAGAAACUGCUGAAUGUCUGCCAUGCCCGAGUUGUUUUGGCGAGGAAGCACCUAGCGACUGUUAUCCAGGAUAAAAUACAAGCAGUGUUAGAGGAGGAUGAUAAACUGGAUAACUACUAUCUAGCCUAUGAACCACAGACGCUCUUCAGAUUGGAGGAGAUAAAGCACAUGUUGCAGUUUAUACAAGACACUGUGGCAGGUGACGUCCAUGCAGUUUGUCCAUAUGCUAAUAAAAUUCUAGGCUCUUUGGAAAAGAACAUGAACAGAUCCAAACAGCGACGUGCAUCUGUUGAUUCCAUCAUACUUAGCGACCCCAAAAUGUACCAGAAAAGUAUGAGACGUCAUACAAUGGAUAAAGUCUGGUUCUUUGGAUAGCUCCUAGUGGACGAUUGAAAUGUACUUUAAAGGAGGGGAAAAUGAGAUAAUUUUUAUAACAUGUAUUAUAAAUAUCAAUGUCUGGUUCACUUGAUGAGCCAGUAACGCAUAUUAAUUUUUUUUAAAUGUGAUUUUUAAGAAAUAUUGGAAAAGGAACAAAAUAUAUUUUGUUUUUGUGUCUUGGUUUUUUUCGAUGUCUUCCCCCAAUCAUCUGGGAUUAAUCUACUUGUGCAUUCCAUUUAUGAUUAAUUUCACAAAACUUUUGUUCAUAUACUGGUUUAAUGUUUUAUGUCAACUUGUUAAAUUUUCAGGCAUUGAACAACUGAAUCCUGAUUAUAGAAACAUCAGUGUAUUAAUCUUAUAGAUUCUAUUUAAAUGAUUUGACUUGGACCAAUCGGCAGUGCUUCAAAUGACUUAGAUGAUAGGGAAAUUCACUUUUUUUAGAGUUUAUAUAUAAUUAUUUCAACUUUCUUUCAUUUAAUACCAAAUGCUCCGAUCUCAUUUAUAGAGUUUUCUGUCCAUACCACUUAUAAUGGAAAAACAACAAAACAAUGUUAAAAGUGUUACUACUAGGUCAUAGUUAACUGUGACCUCAGAGUAACGAUACACAUCAACAGAAUCGAAAGGCAUAUACCAUAAUAUUUAGCUGGUUGCUUCUUAGUAUAGAGCUCACCAAUGUUUGCAUAUGAAGAUGACCUCAACCUACUUUAAAGGUCACAGAAGUCAACAACAUUUCAAACGAUUUUUCUGAAGAACCAAAAGGGAUGGACUCAUAAGAUUUGGCUGGUAGCUUCUUGGGAGAGAUCUAGAGCCAACAGAGUUUGAGAAGGAAAAUGUCCUUGACCUACUUACAAUUGCAAGGUCACAGG